CUGUAGCAAACGCUAACUUCCGCUAAGCUUUGUGGGAACAUUGAGAGAGAGAGAAGGUGGAUACGGAAUCAACAAAGAUAAAACGGAUACAUUUGGUUUUAGCUCAGAUCUGGCUUCAUCACGACUUCGGUAUAUGUUUGGUAUCUUCGACGAGAUCUAAAUGGGUGCAUACUACUGUGCUGUUUGUAGACAAACAACAUUCAACGGGAAGGGACACAUCUUUGGAAAAACUCAUCAAAGUAGACUCAGAGUGGUUCUCCUUAAAUUCAUAGAAAAGGUGAAGGAAGCUCGCCGGACACUUAAGAAAGCCCAAGUAGAAAAGUUUGAUUGCACCCAGCACAAGCAGACAUUCUGGUGCUACUGCUGUGGGUGUGAAAUUCAGAGAAACGUUACAGACGGCAACAUGACUGUCCUUUAUGGAGGCUUGUUGGAACAUAUGGCCACCCCAGAACACAAGAAGAAUACGCACAAGUUCUGGUGGGAAAAUAAAGCCGACCCAAAGUUUAGAGACAAGGUCAUCAUCACAGAGGAGGAAACUGAAAGGUUUAAAGCUGAGGUAGCAAAAGCAUUGGAAUCAUUUGUGGAGAAGGAGGAUGAAUUCAUUAAACAGCAAGCUGAGCAUAUACGAGCCCGGGAAAAGCAUCGCCAGGAGGUCUUACAGUCUCUUUUAGAGCGUGAUGCAGAGCCCGAGUUGUUGAACGGACCCAACGGCACAGACACGUCUGUAGAGGAUGCUGUCAGCUCUCAAUUCAUGUGUCAAGGUUCAGACCAGCAGGCGGGGAGCAGCUUUGUCGACUCAAUGGUUGAAAUGCCGUGGACAUCAGUAGGACAAAGCCUGACAUUCAUAGGUUAUCAGGAUUCAUCAAACAGUGGAAACGUUCAUACAGGUGCCGUCCCUCCUUGGCUUCAAGAUGAUCCCCUGGAAGGGACCUCCGGAGCUGCUGCACAGCCAGAGAUUGGCCCAUCACUCCAAGAGUUCCUCAAGCACAAGGAGCAAGAGAAGCUGAGGAAGCUUCCUCCAAACAGAGUGGGGGCCAACUUUGAUCACAGCUCACAUACAGACGCCAACUGGCUUCCUUCCUUUGGAAGAGUGUGGAACAGCGGUCGACGCUGGCAGUCCAGGCACCAGUUCAGGCAAGAAGAAGGUCAGAAGCACAGACAGAAGAGGAGGCGGGAACAUGGCACAGAAGGGUCAAAGAAAAUAAGAACGACUGAUCAGCUGAACGCUUAAAAUUUAGUGUGUGAGAAUACAGAAGCAAAAUGAUGUAUAUACUUUGUAACUUGUGACUAAGGGUUAUAAUAACAGUUUGAGGAGCUGUACUGGAAAUGCUCAAACUGAUAACACAUCCAUAUGUGCAUUGAUAGUACAUGCAUGGGAAAUUGUAUUUAACCAUCUUUACAAAAGCCCAGUUUUCAAGUUUUGCUGUAAAAACAUUAACUUUGUAUAAAAAAAUGGCUACUCAGCUAAGUCCUAAAUAUAUUUAUUAGAAAGUAAGCUCUGUUUCUUGCCCUUUUUUUUUUAUAAUAAAUAAACUGCAUGUUUACACUUGCAACAUGUCAGGACAUUUAAAAGAACUGAUGCUGCAUUAUUCGAUCAACUGUAAAUCAGUGACAUUUAUCAAGUCCUGGAUUCUGAUCAGCAGAGGACAACAUGACUGUUAUGACAAGUGAACAGAAGGGGGCGCAGGGAACUAAAAUAAAAAGCACCUUUGUGUGUUACUGCCAACAUUAAGUUAAUAACGUAGGCAUAGGCAGGUGGAGUUUGUGAUUUUUUUUUUUAUGAUCUGGCUCUGUCUUUAUGUAACAGAAAUAAAACAUAAGUGAUUGAAUACCACUGUGCUUUUGUAGCUAUGCAAACCUGAA